UAAGCCCACAAAGUAGUGGCAAAAGACUAGAGCAAAAUAAUUCAAGAACACAAGAUAUACAUCUUAUAUAAUAAGGCUAUCCAGCAGAAAAGCAGAAAACGUCAGUUUGCGGUUUGGAACACAGAUUUCCUCAGACAUGACUAAAGCUCUUUGGAGAACUGUGACGGUGAAUCUACUGAUAUUUCUCUAAGACAGUGUAUAUAAAUUUACUGGACCCUGUAAGUUUUCGAGAUUUGCUGUGUAUUUCUGCUAGACAAGUGUUGAACAGAUCUGACAUCAAUCAGAGCAGCAGAUGAUCACAACCUGUUAAUAAGUGUAGACAUUACUUUAGCCAGGAAGAAGAGAGGAUCCGUGGAUAAAGACCUUGAAGAAGUAAUACCACAUUGAGGGAAGGGUGAAUUAAUCCAUAACUUUGUUCCUAAGUUGCUCUGUUUCAUCAUGAGUUUAAACUGCUUCCAAUGGGCUUUUAAAUCAUCUGGAAAUGGCAAAACCACUCUUGAGAAAGGGGGUAAAAACCCACCUGAUGUCACUUUAGAUCAUGUAGCUAAGGAUUUGUUGUUGUAUUUUAAUGAGUUUGAGCAAAUACCUGAGACUAAAACAAAGAUUGAAAAGAAAUACGAUGUUAAAAAUGAGCAUGGACAUAAUUGCUGGCCAGCUGAUGAUAUCAAACGAGCUUGGGGAAAAACACAAAGAAUGGAUAUGAAAUCAAGCAGAAGAAAACACUGGGCUUGUGUGAUAUUGCUGCAGGUGUUAAAACAAUUCAUUUGUGAUGAGUGUAAACAAAACGCAGCACAGGAGGAAUCCGGUGUUGCAUCAGAAAAUCAGUCUAUAACGUCUAGCACAGACGAAGAUCCUGAGGUAAAUUCAAACGAUAGUGAAACCAGUGAUUCUGAAUCGGUGAAUGAGAACGAGGAUGAUUCAGUUAACAACUGUGAGCAGCAAACUUUACUUGAAAAGUUUGAGUUGUGUGUAAUAGAUGUGCAUGAUGAAGAGAAUGUAAGCUGUGAAAAUGUUCUUCGGUCAACAAAUAUUAAUCUAGUUCAUGGCAAAGCACCAAGAGUGAAAGAAAACUCAGAAGACAGAUCAUUUCGAAGCAAUGAUGUGCUGGAGACAGGGGAAGCUGCUGAGGGAGAUAAGCGUUCAAAAAGAAAGUGUUUGACAGAUGAUGUCGAGAAGAUUGCAAAACCAUCUCCAGACAUAAAGAGGAAGAGAAUAAAUUCUCUUGCCAAUUCCAAAGGCCAGUCCGGGACUGAUAAAAAAGAUAAAUCCACCACCUGCAUAUUUAUCCCAUUCACACAAAUGUUUGACAGUUAUUCAAUCUCAAUGUCUUGUGAUGAUGAUGACUCUAACUAUAAAUUAAUAGAUGGAUUACCUUCAAAGAUAAAAAAAGACACUGAUGAAAGAACUGAAAUAGACAUAAGGAAGAGAAAAUCUUAUGUCAUGUCAUUCGACAAAAAAACAAAUAAUGCUUUAUGGGUGUAUGAAAUAUUGAACAUUCACACUUUACCUUUUUUAAAGAAACAAGGAUUUAUUAAGGGUGAUGAACCAGACUAUCCAGUUAGAAGCAAUACAUCUGUGAUGAACUGUGAAAAAGGUCAUCUUGCUGCAGCUGCCAAUCACAAGUGGUGUCAAGAAGCCUAUAAGGACACUUUUUAUUUGAGCAACAUGACGCCACAGGUGAAGAUUUUAAACAAGGGCUUGUGGAAAAUGCUGGAGAAAGAGUGUCGAAAUAAAAGACUGAAAGAUUCAGUCAGGAAUGUCCAUGUGUACUCUGGACCACUUUUCCUAACUGAAAGUUCAAAAUAUAAGGUGAAAUUUGAUAAAGUAGUGCCAACUCACUACUUUAAGGUGAUAAUUGUGGAGAAUGAAAAAGGGAGAGUAGAAGAGCCGGAAUGCUAUCUGAUGCCCAAUGAUGAAUCAGAAUACCAAGAAGAAUCAAAAGACAGCAAAAAACAAACUAACGCAAAGGACAAAUAUGCAAAAAAAUUAAAGAAAUUAAAAGGAUACCAGGUGCCCAUUCAAGUAAUUGAGGAAAUAUCUGGACUGAGAUUUACUGAAAAAAAAACUGAACUGACAGACUGUAGAAAGACAGGGACGUGGACAGGAAACAAAAGGAAAAAAACUGAACUGACAGACUGUAGAAAUACAGGGACGUGGACAGGAAACCAAGGGAAAACAACUAUUGUACUAGACAUCACAAUAAGCCAUUAACCACACUGAAUCAACAUCACUUUUGCACCUGCAAUUAGUGUUGAUAAAUGUUGAAAUUUAAUGCCAUUGAAUCAAUGUUACAAUGUGACGUUGGUUCAAAAUCAUGCUUGCACAACUGAUUAAAAAAGCCACACAUCCUGAAAUCAGUUGUAGAAAAGAGAAGACAAUAAAUCUCUGAAUAUCCCAGCAGAGGAUCAUUACUAACCAGAUUAACUUUAUUUCUGUCAGACGUGUACAAAGUUUCAUAGAACAGAGGUUUAGAUAAUGAUGAUUUAUUGAGUUUUGUUUGCAGCAAGGGCUGUCAAUAGAUUCUUUUUUUAUUCAUGAUAAUCGCAUUUAUCGUGAAAUUAAGCAUACACCAUUUAUCUUGUUUAACACAUCCAUUUUUUUUUCAUCAUUGCCUAUAUAUUAGAUUGAAGUGUGAUUUUCAGAUACAGAAAUUGAACAAAGUAAUCAAUUAUAAAAUAACUGCAUAAGAACUAAUUUGAAUAAUUAAAUAAAGAUGAAACAUUAAGUUACAAAAGCUAUUCAGUCAAGAGUGAUUUAUUCGUCUUUUGAUUAUCAUCACACACACAAAUCAGGAAUAUUAGACUGCUGUCCCUUUAAGACAUAAUUCAAAGAUCUAGUACACUGAGACUGAUACACAUGCGUUGUCUGUCUCAUUUUUCUCUUAUGACAUAACCUACUAUGUUUGUUAGGAUAAUCGCUAAAAUGGGCAUUUGUGAAUUUGUCCAUUUAGGUGCAAGACUUGAAAGAGAAUUUGCGCGCUGUGACGCGGCUCUCCAUGAACGCAUUUCGGAUGACUGCAUACACACGUUUAAAGCAGAUGUCUUAACAAAUGUAGACCGGGAAGAUUUUAAAAUGAACAGUUCAUUCAUAAAUAUGUAAGAUCGCAGUGGAAAUACAAACCGGAAGU